AUGGCGGCCCGAUCGAACGUCGGCUCGCCCGUGAUGCAGCCAGACCUCACCCGCAAUCGACUUCCGACGCUCUUUGAGGUGCUGAGUAGAAGGACUCUGCCGCCGGUAGACUUGUUUUCAUUUUACAUUUACAUGCGAGACCAGCAGCGGUCUGUCGACUACUUGGAUUUUUGGCUCGAUGUUGCGCAGCACAUGUCGCUAUGCCGGCACUACGUCCGCGAGCUUCGACGAUCCGUACUCAUCGCCACGCCCGAUAUGGAGCGCGCAGGCGGCGCCGCCUCGAAGCGCUCCUCGACGAUCCUCGACAGCCUGGGUGACCUCGAGCCACGGCCAACGGGCCCAUCCAUGUACGCGACAGAGAAGGAAAAGAAUCAGGACGCCCAAAUGUCGGCAUUUCUGCGCGAGGAGCAGUCAGAGCGCGAGUCGCCGAACACGGGCUCCCGGCCCAGCCCCGUCACCGCCAGCCCGGCCCGCGACCUGACCGACUCCAAUUCGCCCGCGCACACCGUUUCGCGCCAGGAUAUCCGGGCGUCGGCGGAGAAGAUUCUGUACACAUUUCUCUUACCCGGCUCCGAGCGCGAAAUCAUCCUGCCGGGCUCCAUCACGCAAGACGUCAUCAGCGCUAUUGAAGAGCACGGCCGCGACGAUCCCGAGGUGUUUGACACAGCCAAGGACUAUGUCUUCCAAGCAAUGGAGCGCGAUGCCUUUCCUGGCUUCCUGCGUAUGAAGGCUCUGGGCAAUCUGAUCCCGCCUACGCUGGUGAUGCGUCUAAUUCUCGGCCUCGUGGCCAUGUUCGGCGCCUUUUGGACUGGCUUUGUGCUCAUUUUUCUUAACAAGAGCAGAGCCACAAGAUGUUGGGUCAUUCUGCCAUUCACCGUGGGCGUCUACUUCCUCGCCUCCUACCAAUACUCACUGGACCCCGUCAUGGCGCUCCUCGGCUUCAGCGAAUACACCCCAUUCAACUUCUCACGUAUACGCGAACCCUACGUCCGCACCCUGCUAGUCAAGCGAGCCUUUAUCGUCCUCCUUGUGACGGCACUCAUCACCGCAGCGCUGUGCGUCUUGUUCAUAUUUGUGCCCGGCAAACGGUUGUAA